AUAAUCGACAUGCUAUGAAUUAUAUAAGAAAUAAAAAAUGUGUUUGUUCCUUCAUAUGAUAAACCAUACCUAUGUUUAUAUUAUUUUCAUCUCCCUGCCUUAUAAUGAACAGGCUGAUAUGUAGCUACUUAGAAAAAAAAAGAACAGAAAAGAAAAGAACUUAUUUCUUACCAAGACAUCUAUCUAGUCUCUGUACUCUUGUCUUCUGAGAGAUUAUUUAGAUGGUUUAUCCUUCACCACUCUGUAUCUCAUCUGACCAAAACUCACAUUUCUGGGUCAAAUCCCAGCAUCUUCUAGAAAAUCCACGUUAUGGUGUGAUGGUGGGAUAUACGUCUUUUUUUCUGUGUUUCCCAAACAUACAUUACCUUUUCUGGCUAUUACGGAGAAAUGUAAAGCCCAAGAUGUCACUCUUUUCCACAGUCCUCUUAUCCCUCACCAUCCUGCUCACAGUAGGUGAUGGGAACAUAAACCUGUCUGUUGCUUAAAACGUUUCACUCUGCCUUAUUUAGAUCAUCACAUCUGUGCUUUAAUGGAACAUGUUUUCUUGUCUUUCCCAUCUUCAGGACUGCUAAAGCGAAAUGGUUCCUUCACUUUCAGUCAUAUUUGUUAACCAGAAAACAAGAAUUGGUGAUUUGCUAACACUAGAGCUUUUCACUCUCAAAUUGGAGGUAGUAUUUUUUUUUUUCUGAAUGUUUCAGAGUGACAUUAUGCUGCACUAAAAGAUUAACUUAUUUUAGGGCCUUUCACACAUUAGUACCAGGGAUGCAGGCAAACACUGAGGAUGCUGUAUGCACUGUAGUUUCUCGCCACAUUGUCCGAUAGAUAAAAAUGUAGCGUUGCGUUCCUUCCCCUCUCCUUACCUGCCGCACUUGCUAAAUAUAGCUGUGAAUUCCCUAACAAGCCGGACUCACCGGCCGUUAGAUGCAUGUACUGCUGCAACCAGAUCCUGACACAGUAUGCUUCUCAUUGUGCCCCAUCCUGCCUCUUUGCAACACUAUCCACAUAUAUGGCGUGUAGGAGUGUGCGCUCACACCAUGCCACCCCACUCACUGACACAAUAUACUUCGGCAAAGACGCAUAAGCAAGAUGACGCUCCUACCAAAACUGCACAAUCAAAGAUAAAUUUCACGGCUUGUUCAAAACAAAAGCACCUCAGCAUAAAGGUUUCGACCUUGCAUGCAUUGCAUGCUGUCGGCUAUCUUUAACACAAACACAUGAAGUGAGGAGGAUUCGCGAUCUGAACCGUUUAAGAGUAUGUUUCUGUUCCUGCUGAAGUGUGCCUUCAGUGGACUAUUUGGAGAAUGUUUCUGUUCCUGUUCAAAAGUGACUGUGGUUAAGCUUUUAUUUUCAUGCUGUUUGCUCAAACAUAAAGCGCCUUGGAGGUGUUUGUUAAAGUAUUCAUGUGUGUUAUGUCCUCUCUUUGUGUGAAGGUUUUGUAUGGGGAUUUCUCUGUAUGGCUGCCAGGUGCAAUGGCUCUGUUCACCAGUGCUGCACUAAUCCAGCUGGAUACUAUAUCAGGCAUGAUAUUGUACUCCCCGUCCCCCUUUUCCUCUGCGAACACCUCGUCCACACACAGAGGUUAUGAAGUUAUUUAUCUUGAUCUUGGCUCACUGCUUAGCUUAGCACUCCCUUCAUUGUUUUGGCAUGAAAUUCAAAUGGGUUGCACAACACAACAGGAUAAACCACUGUGUUUAUUAUAAAUCAUCAGAGAAAAGUUGACAUGUCAUCUGAAGACAAAAGCCAACUGUGUUCAGAAAAUCCUCUUGGACUAACAGGUUAUCAUAAACCAAGGUGUAAAUAUUGCAAAUAUAUGCUUCAGACUUGCAUAUUGAAACCAAGUUGCCACCUGCAAACAAUUAAAUUCACUGCUUGGACUAAUAUCUGUUUAAACUCAAAAUACAAAUUCACUUAUAUAACAGGUGCAUCAUAGAUUAAAAUAUGAUGGAUUAGUUUAUUUAUUUCAGUAACUAAACUCUAAAAGCAACACGUAUGUUAAAAGAGAUAGUGUUAUUUACAUGUUGUCUAUUAAUUUUGGUGAUUCUAACAUACUGCUAAUAAAAACCACACAAAAACAAUGUCUAAAAAAAUUUUGAAUAUUACCUAACACCAAACAAAAAGGAGAUUUUUAACAGAAGCGUCAACCUGCCAAAACACUGUGUCCCAAUGAUGUGCAGUAUCUGCUCCCCGGAACUCACGAUUGCUUUGCAUGACUUGCUGCAUAAAUGCGACAUGCCAUUGAGGUGCUCAGCCUAUGGCUCUGUUGUGAUCUGCAGGAAGUCCAGGUUUUUUCAGCAGAGGGAUGCAUGAAACGCUAGAAGGGUCCAGAUGACUGAAUUGACCGUGCACUUCAGAAAAAACCACUUUAUGAGAUGGGACCUCAAGCUCUCACUGAUUGUGGAAACUUCACACUCUACCUUGAUCAACUUUGAUUAUGUGUUUUGGUUUUUUUGUUUUUAAUAAAAAGGAUUUUGUACCACUUUGCAAUACUCCAGUGCUUUUUCACAUCUGUUGUCCCUGAUUCAGGAAUAGUGUAACAGAAUGUGAUCGCUUAAGUGCUGAAGCUCUUGAAGCUCCAGCAGCUAAAGUCCACAAUUUGUGAAUCUCCCCAGAACUCUUGACCGGCUUUAUGUCGCUAUUCUGUGAAGAACUUAAACACGCGUUUUCCUUCUACCUUCCAUUAAUAUGGUUUCUAAAAACACUCUGUGAUCAGCCAGGUUCUUUAGUAAUGACCUCAAUGUGGAGGGUGUCUGGCUGAGGGCAACUGUGCUGUCAGGACUUUUCACCAAGGUAGUCUAAGAAAUGUUGUUGUUUUUCCCCCCAUUGGUCUUAUUUAAUAUUUGAAUCUUAUGAGAAACUUCAUUUUGGAUUUUCAUAAUCUGUAAGGCAUAAUUACAAAAUCAUCUAAAAAAAAACAUUUGAUCUAAGAAAUCUAUAUAAUAUUUUACUUUUUUAAUAGCUGAAAUACGCACCCUUUUAAAUUAUAUUCUAAUUUUCUGAAAUGUAUGUUUUCAGUAUUUCACUGAAAAUGUCAUGUCCAAGUAGCUCAGGAACAAGCGGCAGGUGGAUCUUUGAAGUAUGCGCGUCAAUGACAGGUGUCUGGUGCGUAAACAGAGAAGUCAGAGUGGAGAAGAUGCAAUGGGGCAACAGGUGGAAGGAGGGAGAGAGGUGGUUUGGGUGGAGUAAAUGGGUUGUAUUUAAGGCGCCGUCGUCCAGAGCCUCCCUAUCAGCCGCUAUCGCCUCUUCUGUCUGCACCUCGUCAUCAAGCCAGAGCUUCAUCUUCAUUCAGAAUGUCUUUGCCCAACUCAGAGAAUGCCUCCACCCUGGAGAAUGCCAUGCAGCUGAUGAUCCAGACCUUCCACAAAUACUCUGGAAAUGAGGGGGAUAAAUACACGCUGAGCAGGGCCGAACUCAAAGAGCUGCUCACCACGGAGCUUGGCACCUACCUGGGGAAUGCCCAGGACAAAGAGGCUGUGGAUAAGGUCAUGAAUGAUCUCGAUUCAAACAACGACGGAGAGGUCGAUUUCACUGAGUUUGUCAUCUUGGUUGGAGCUCUAACUGUAGCCUGCAACGACUUCUUCCUGGAGUUCAAUGAUAAGGCAGAGAAGAAGUGAGCGGCUCAUAGAAAUCCACUCUUGCAAACACAAAACCCCUACGCACCAGCGAGGAAAUGGUAACAGACAUCCUGUCAUAAAGCUGAAGUGCAAAAACACACAAAAACACACUGACCUGAGCUGUAAUAGUUACUUGUUUGUUUAUUUUGUUUGUUUUUUUUGCCUCAUUGUAACUGUAAAAGUGAAUAUUAUUUCUCACUUCAUUUCCUGCAGUUCUUUGUCUUGAGUUACUUUUUGAUACACCUUCAAGUUAAAUGUUUCUUCCCCUGGAAAAAAUAAACAUUAAUUUAAACCGUG